GCUCAAGCUUCGUCCUACUCAAGCUUCAAAAAUGCUGAAGGUUCAAAACCAGCUCGUCUUAGACCAGAGGCUCCGUCCUAAAUCCGGACGCAAACCUCUCCAUCCAAAGAACUUACUCGCUGAUUCGGAGAAUGAAGUUGAGAGGAACAAGCUGAAACUGAAGCCGAAGCAAGAAAGGAUCGAGAUCUCGGCGGUGGGCGAUUCGAACAAGGAGAACCGUCCGAACCAUUCCAUGCAGACGACGAUGGAGCCGUUGGAUUCGUCGCUGGCAGAAGAACUCAGUGCCAUCAGGAAGAAGAUGGAGCGGUUGAGGUUGGAUAACGAGAGGACGGAGAGGAUGUUGAGAGAAAGGGGCGCGGUGCUGGAUUUGCAGAUGAAGGAACUGGAACGCAGAGGACAGAUUCAGAAGGAGCAAGAGAUCGAGGUCGAUAGGCUGUACAGAUUGAAGGAGCUCCAAUCCUUAUGCAUGAGAAUAUCUCCGAUAAGAACACUAAGGGAGAAGGAACAAGAAAGGAAGACAACUGCAGGGCAAUCCUCAGGAUUGAAUUAUGUGGAUUUGGAAGAAUCGUUGGAUGAAAACACAUUUCCGAGUCCCAGCUCGGAUUUUGAAGAAACAAUUCCAGAAGAGGAUGAAUGAAUGAAUGAUAAAUGAUCUUUUGGUUUUGCAUUUAAUGAUCUUCUUCGGUUUUCCGAGAAUAGAGUUUUGGAAUGCGGAUUUUUCAGUUGAAACUUGAAAAUCAUUGUAGCAUUCAUAAAAGAAUGAUAAUAUCUCAUUAUUGUCGGCGUUCAGAAUUCAAAUUGACAGGCGCUCUUCUUUUCACUAAAAUUUCUUUGGAGCUUCUGAAAAAGGAGCUUCACAGUGCUUUAUGCCUUUCUUCUUUUGAGCAUGUAAAUGAGUUAUAUGCAAUAGAUAUAUGAGCCCCCU